UAUUGACUGGUUUCAGUUUGCGCUAGGACAGCGCCGUGAGAGCAUUAACAAAUAAUCCGUUUUCCCAAGUUGCACAAAUGAAUUUGGUUUCGUGUUCUCUACAACUGGAACAUUUCAGUGAUAGCUAUCGGCCGGGCGAUGUGAUAAAAGGUUUCGCAGUUUUCAAUGUGAACGGUAGCAGUCCGAUUCUAAUCAAAGCUUUAUCAAUACAAUUUUCCGGCUAUGCCAGUUGCAAAUGGGAAAAAGAACAGCCAAAGAAAAAGAAAGCGAAACCUAAACCCAAGGAGUACUAUGUCAAUCGCGAGGAUUAUAUUUUCACCAAAAACUAUUUAUUUGGCUCCGAAGAUGCCAACCCCAAGGCCAUAACUCCAGGAAUAUACAACUACAACUUUAUGGUUCAAAUACCCCAAAAUGCCCCGUCCACUUUCAAUGGUGCCUGGGGUUCAAUUGCAUACGAGCUGCAGGUACAUGCCGAUUACAUUAGCAAUGUGGAUUGUUUGUGUACGUCCGUCAUAACAGUGGAACAAUUGAAAGAUCUCAGACGUUGGGCGCCAAACAUGGAAAGUCCCAUAGAAAGUACCAAUCGUGAAACAAAACCUUGUCUGAAAUUUUGGCGGCCUCCCCUUCAAGUCUAUGCAAAUGUACCACAAAGUGGCUAUGUGCCCGGCGAAUGCAUCAGUGUGCAUGUCAAAGUGGACAAUCAUGGCCAUGUAAAGCUCAAAGACAUCACCACCAAACUGAAUCGCAUUGUCACCUACAAGGGUAGCUGGAAGGAGAAGAAGCCCCAGGAGACUCGAGAAGUCACUGCCAUAGCUUGCAAUGUUUACAGCUGUUUUGGGCAAAGUUUCACCGACAUACAACACAUACAACAAUUGGUGGUCCCACAGACGGUGCCAACUUUUGAAUUUAGUGAAUGUAAGUGUAUUAGUGUCACCUACGAAGUGGAAGUGAGUGUUUGCAUCCAACGAAAAUUGAGAUUGUUGACCACUGUUAUACCCAUUGUGGUGGGUUCCAUUUCGCUGAGGAGUGACGUCAAAGUUGUGGAAGAAGCCCCAUCCAGCAGUCAUGUGUCCGCCAUAACGGUGGCCAGAUCUAUGGAUGAAUUGAAUUUACCCUCCAGCUGGGAGAUGAGAGAACAACAGCAGCAACAACUACACCCAAAUAUCCAAGCAAUGGAUCAAAUGAGUGUCUCGAUGACGUCUUUAGCCUCUUCAUUUAGAGAAGCCGACUAUAUGGCAGCCGUAAAGAUCAAUAAAAAAUCCAAGCACAACAUAACCGGUGAUGUCUCCGAAUUUAAACCCAAAUACCUCUAUUUUGAUCUCCCUCAAGAGUUACAACCCCAUUUGGAAGAGGACACACCAUCAACUAGUCAUUCUCAGGCGAGGCCAACAAUAAUAGCAAAGUCCACAGAUGCUAAAUGUUAGACUGAAAAUAUACAACAAGUUAGAAGAAUUAGUUAAUAUAAGUACAAGAGAUUAAUAUUUUAAUUCUUUAUAAUAAUAAAAAAGUAAUUACUGUGAAUAAUGAAAAAAA